AAAACAAAAAAUGUCUGCGCCCAUGAAACUACGUUUACUUAGGACAUUCAGCGGCUACAAUUUACAAAUCUCUUACACAUGCUACUUAAGUAAAAUUGAUGCUAAUAAAUCUAAUUACAAUGAAAGGUGAGUGAGGGUUUAACGUAUGCUCAAGGUAUAGGCCAAAUACAGUUACGGGACAAGCUCUACAAAGGUAGCGAAGUUUAGGAGGGUCAUCAGGUAUGAGAGCGGCGUGCGGUGAGUUGAGUAGUGUGCCAUUAUUCGUUAUUAAAUGUUGUAUUAUAUUAUGAUUGGCAUCAAUCCCAUCAUCAUGAUUAUGAUCAUAGACCAGACAGGAGUCGUCAAACAUUUUAAGCAAUGGGCCGUCUGUGUCCUCAGACACUGGCGUAGGGUGGGGGGGGGGGGGCUAUUGCAAUGGGCGGGGGUUUUGGGUACAUUCACAAACCAAAAAACUUUAUAUUAAGAGUACAUUGGCCCUCAUUGGGUUAGUGAAUAUCAAUUUUGCUUUAGGGGGGGGGGGGGGGGGGGGGGGGGGGGGGGGGGGGGGGGCUAUUGCAAUGGGCGGGCGUUUUGGGUACAUUCACAAACCAAAAAACUUUAUAUUAAGAGUACAUUGGCCCUCAUUGGGUUAGUGAAUAUCAAUUUUGCUUUCAUAUCAUUUGUUGUUGUCAAGGUUUGGCUGAGUAAACCUGGAUCGGAUGACGUUACCGUGAAUUGAGAGGAAAGAAAUAACUAAGUAUCUACAUGCCCAGCGACCGGACGAAUAAUUCUCGAGAUAUUCUUUCGGCAUGACCAGGUCACAUGACCGCUGUAACAAAGUUGGGUCAGAUAUCUGUCAGUCAGCCUUGUCAUGUGAUCAUAAAACUGGUGCCUGAGAUGCAUGGGGGGUGAUGAGUAUUACAGUAUACACUUCAUUUCAAGAAAUAAGUGGGGGGGGAGCAAUGCAUACUAGAAGGAGAAAUACUGAGAGUGAGAGAGAAAGGAUAACAAUGAUAGUGAGGGUGAUAAAUAAUUAAGGCGGGGAGGUCAAAAGUUCACAAAGAAAUAGACCCUACAUCUUUAUCUUAAUAUAGUAUAGGGCCUAUUUAGUGUGCUGUUGGGGUAGCCAACUUCUCACACAAUAUUAAUAGCCUAAAAUAAAACUUUUUUGACAGUAGAUCUCUUGACAGUCAACCGGUAAGUAUUGUUCUUAUUUUCUUUGGUUCAUAUUUUAAAUUUAGGCUACUAGUCUACUAUGAAGAGCUUUAUAAGAUAUCCAAACCAAAAUGGUGAAAUUUUUUUUUUUUUUAAUUUUGCCGCCGAUCUCUUGUCACAUGACAUGUCUGCUGGAAUAAUAACACAUACUAGUCGUCCGGCGGUCACGUGACAUGCCCACCGGUAGAAUAUCUCCCGCAUUAUUUGGACGGUCGCCAUAUAUGUAGACACUGCCAAGAAAUUAUUCAGAGUAAAGGCAUAAAUUUUCGUAAAUGCAAAGAGAUGUCGCUGUGAUGAAUCACACGGCUGCCAUUUCGGUUGCUGUGACCCGGGAACUUUUGCGGGUUCACGGGUCUCUGCAACCAAGAUGGCGGCUGUGUAAAAUAAAUAACUCACAUUUGCUAAAAUUAGGAAUAAAAUGAUAAAAUUUAAUGAAAAAAUGUCCACUGGUACAUAAAUUUCAUGGUGAACGUAGCUACCUUAUUGAAUCCGUCUAUAUAUUUUACAAGAAGCUACAACGCUCCUUUUCCUUGUGUAAUUCAGUCGGUAAACACACAAAAUAAUUCAUUGUCACUAAACCUAACCUGAACUUUUAAAGUAUCCCUAAUCUUAACAUAAACCCUAAAUGUAUCCCUAAACCUAACCUAAACCCUAAAUGUAUCCAUAAACUUAAACCUAAUCUGAACCCUGAAUCUAUCCCUAACCCUAAAUCUAAACCUAACCUGAACCUUAAAUCUAUCCCUAAACCUAACCUAAACCCUAAAUCUAUCCCUAAACUUAAACCUAAUCUGAACCCUAAAUCUAUCCCUAAACUUAAACCUAACCUGAACCCUAAAUCUAACCUGAACCCUCAAUCUAACCUGAACCCUAAAUCUAUCCCUAAACAUAACCUGAUUUCUAAAUCUAUCCCUAAACCUAACACAAACCCUAAAAUUAGCCAGAAUAAGCAUAACGUAAAAAAGUAACAUGUUGUGCUGUUGCAUUUACACACUGUGGCAAGAAGAAUAUAAAAAUGAAGGGAAAAAAAAAAGAGAGAAAAUAAUUGUAAAAUAAAGAAAUAAUGAAUACUCAACGUACAGUUUCAUAGAAUACACUUUUACACACUUUAUUUCACGUUCCACCGUAAAGAAUAUCCAGAAAAUGAAUUAAAUACAAUUUCUGUCCAUGGCAAAUUCAUUUUCAAAUAUGGCAGAAAUAUUAAAAUAUUAUAAUUACCCAACCAAUAAAAUUUUAAAAUUAUGAUUAAUUAACCAAUAAAAAAUUUAAUAAAACAUGCCAUUAUCAUAUUAAGGAAAAUUUAACUCUUAACAAAAAAUUAAGUGGAGUGAUUCUCUUCCAUUUCACAUCCCCAAUAUACCGACCAUCACAGCCUUCAAAACUGCACUCAAAACACAUCUUUUUAAACUCUUCUAUCCUGACUGAUUCCCACCUCUGACCGAAAAAUGAUGCUGCUGGGUGUCGUCCAUGUCUUGACAUGUAAAUAGUUUUAAAUAUACAUUUGUUUUGAUUUAUUUAAUUAAUGUAUGUUAAUUAAUUUUUUAAGUUUUUGAUUAUUUUUAGUUGAAUUGUAUGUACCGCGGGGUGAGCAGAGCCCUAGGCUGGGGUACCACGCUAUAUAAAACCACUUAUAAUAAUAAUAAUAAUAAUCCAAAACAGAAACUUAACAAAACAAAAAAUGACGUCAUGUCGACAUCUCUUUGCAUUAGCUUAAAUUUUAUUUUAAAAAAUAUAGUAAUGGGUCUGUUUUAAUUAACCAUACUCAACCUACUGAAACCAAGUUUAGAAACAACAAAGUCAAAGAUGAUUUUGGAACCAACCCAAAGUGGUAAAAGUAGGUGGCAAUCACGGGCAAGCUACUCGGUUUUAUAAAAAUUUGAACUGUCAUUUUACUAUUGUACUAUAGUGAAAAAAAUAUGAACAAAUGAUGUUAUACUAUGCACUAAACUAUGCAUAUGCUCAUACUUGAACAUUCCAUCAGGGCGAGGACUGAAAGAUUUAAAAAUUCUUUUGUUCCCCAGUCUGUACGAAUUUACCACUUGAAGUCACAAAUCUUAAUGAGAACUAAUAAGUCCUUAAUAUGGCUAAGAGAACUCACGGAAUGGCUGCUAGUGAAAAAAUUUAUUACAAAUGUCUUGUGUUCAAAUUGUUUUUUAUAAGUGCUGAAAAUGUACAAUGCAAUCAUAAAACAUUUCUAUUUGUUUGGAUCAAUAAAAGAAUCUUAUCUUAUCUUAUUUAUGAUUUAUUUGUAGCGGAAAAAAAAGUCAAUUUUCGCAAUCCGUGCUACUUUGAGUUUCUAUGAAGGAUUCUCUCAUUUUUCAAAGCCCUUUGUUUAUACUUGGAUUGUUACUAGAGUUAACUUUUCUUUUUUUAAUAUUAAUAAUUGCAGGUGGAAUGUUUUAAAUGAAUAUUUCAUUGGGGGGUUUAUAAUAUUUAACGAGGGUGGCAUUUUGGAAUAGGUAAUCUGCAAUAAAGUGUGUAAAAGUUUAGUCAAUGAAAGUGAGUUGCAUGUUGGGUUUUCAUUAUUUUGAAAAUUUUAAAGAUAAUUUUAAUCUUUUUAUUCAAAUUUACGAUUUUGUCAGUACUGUACAUUGUGUAGUAACUGUAGCACAUGAAGACAUGGUUUUAGGGUUCUCCUCAGAACUAAUAAGGAUUGCUGUUAUGCAUGUUUUUGGCCAGCAGACAUUAUUUGAGGACCCCCGUCAUAGAAAAAUAAGUUCAAAAUCACAGCAAAAUAUCAUUUAUAUAAUUUGCCACCCACCCUACAGAGAAAAAAGUGUCAAAAAAUAAAAUGGAAAUAUAAAUUCAACAUUGUCAUUUUUAUGACAUUUGUGAAAGUGUUCUGAAUGGUAGCUUCAGUGUCAUAAAAUGAGGGAAAUGAUGGAACCAAUGACAUAUCGAUACACUAAAUAUAUUGGAUGCUGUUCAAAUAUUAGUUUUGAUACCUGCAUUUUAUUAAAAAUAAUGUUUUGCAACAUACCUAGUUAAAAGACUUACUAUAUGGGAAAAAUAGUCUAUACCUGUAAUGAUACAGAAUUAAACUAACUUUCCAUAGGUAUAAAGGCCAAUAUUUUUAAUUAGUUCUGCAUAAAUAUCAAACUUUGGUAAUUAGUUUUCAAUUUCUAUUUCUUUGCAAUAUGAGAUAAAUUUUUAAAUUAGGGCAGGAUGUUAAUUGUGUAUUGUUAUCAUGCUUUAAAAAUAUAGUUAUUAGUGUAAUUGUUUCUAUUUAUAAACAAUUUAUAAAAGUUUUCAUUUAAGAUUUAUAGACCUUUUCUGUAAAAAAAAAACAUUUUUUCUCUUUUUUGUAUCUGGUAAAACUUUGAAAUCUUCAGGAAGGUAAUUAGUAUCCUUGCUUUUUGUGACGGACACCUUUUUGUAUAAAAAAUAUUUUUAAAAAAAAUGUAUUUAUUAAUGAAGAAAUUAAACAACUUGUUUAAAUUCAUUUUAUAAAACAACAAUACAAUUUAGUAACAACUUAAAAUAUUUUAUUUGAAUAAAUACAACCAGGUUUAUAGACACCUUAAUUAUGUUGCUCUCUAACUGCAGAACAAUGGAAAACUAAAUUUAGAUAUGCACUAGAAUGUAUUGCUGUAUUUUGAAUUUAUUAUAAAUUUACUGGGGAAGAGCUCAGACCCCCUCCUCUCAAUAGCUUGUUAACCUUUGAUGCCCUUGAUUGGACCAAAAGAAUACCCUGGGUCGCUCCAAAAGCUGCCAUACUGCCUUAUUUGCUGCUGAUAAAUGCCUGUAAAAUCCUCCCCUUGAAAUGUCCCCUCCCUGGAUAAGUUUCUGAAAUUUUCAACCCUUUCCACUUUUCUUCAUUUUUGCUCUGCUCGGUAACUAUCAGCGACCUCGUCUUCUACCAGCUACCCUAAUGAAAAUGACAGUGUGGGCACCAAAAAAAAAAUUGAUGUUACUAAUUAAGUUCUCUUGAACUAACGAAGAUAUUAUUCACCUUUACUUUUGUAUGCAUAGUUGGGCUGUAUUGAUUCCAGUGGUAAAACUUAGCUGGGGCCAAAAGCAUACUCUCAACUAAAAUGAAUUAAGGCUAUGUCUGGGGAAGGGGGUGGAGUUAUAAGUUAUAGCUGAAUCUAGUCCCCAUUAUGCACUGCCCAGUUGCCUAGCUAGAGUAACUGCCACCCUGGGCCAAGACCUUUUUUCAAACCCACCCCCCUCCCCCUCCCCCCUCUGUUCCAUUUUAAAACUCUAAAGUAGGACGAAAAUGCCACCACUCCGUAAAAUGCCCACUCCUCCUGCACUGCCCACACAAAAAUCUCAAACGCCUCCACUGAACAAGCUGUCUGAAAGAAACACUGGUCUUAGUCAUAAUUGAUAAUAUAUAAUGAUAAACUGUUAAACUUAACCUACUCCCCCAAUUCCCCCCCCCCCCCCAACACAGUAGUUUUAAAUCAAAAGUAAUAAAAUUCUCCACACUAUAGACCUAAGCUAAUUAUAUUGCCUAAAUUAUUAGAGAAGAAAUAAACCACAGUAUGUAAGGUAAUUUAAUUAUAUUUUAACCAAACUUUUAUGCAAAAUUUGUCUUUGAUAAAGUUAGAUAUAGUUUUUUUUUUUUUUUCCUAAACAAGCUGCAAAAUUUUUUUGUUCAAUUCUUGUUGUACUUAAGCCAUCCACAUCUCUUUUUCUAAAUUCACUUUAACUAUUCAGGAUCUUUAUACUUUAUUUGAUUGAUCCCAGUGUAGAUAAUCAUAAUUCUGUUUCAAGUUAUUCACUGAGCCAAGUUAAUCCAAGUAAUGAAAAUAAUUUUGAAAUAUCAGGCAUAAAUUUGUCGAGAUUCCUGUUGAUUUCGGUCAGAAUCGUUUUCAGCAUUUUUUAACUUUCAUCUGCUUUAACUCUGCUCAGCCAUAAAUAUGAUCUUUUCUACCAUUCUUAAUUCCUUUUUUUACUUUAUAUCUUAAACAGAAAUGUAGGCAGGAAAUUUUAUUAUAAAAUGGCAGUAACAGUAAAUAAACCAGUUUUUAAUUUUAAUUAAUUUUACGAUAUAAGUAUACACAUAUAUUCAACUGCUUGCUUGCCUUACUGGAUGCUUAGUGUUAAAUACAAUGAUAUUUUGAUAAGGUUUGAUAUUUUGAGAAUUAUUGUAUAGUCUAGUCUAUACAAAAUGUACUUGUAUAUUUUUAUUGGCCAAAAUAAAAUUCACCACACUUUCCAUAUAUACUGCUCUGUGAUCGAGUUGCCCAACCCAGUCAUAGAUUAUACUAUAGUAUAAAUAAUAGAUUUAUUUCGUAUUACUGAGACGUACUCAAGAUAUUAUAUUUUUUAAAAAUGAUGAACUUAUUUCAUACAUUAUUUGUAGGGCCUAUCAUUCCUAUGUUAGUAAAGGCAUAUGCCUAUACAAUAGAACUUUUAUGAUUCAAAUAGCCUACUGUGUUUAUUUUGUAAACAAUUAUUUAAGAAACUGUGUUAGAACCAAUAAUUAUUUUUAAUUUAUAACAACAUCUUCCAUCAAUGAGGUGUUCUUCUUUAACAUUAAGAAAAUAACACUUUAAUUCCAUUUUAAAAAAAAAUUACCCUUGAUUGUUGACAGUCACUGACAUGGAUAAACAAUGAUUAAUGAGUAGUAUUUUGACUUUCUACAGAUGUUACUGCACACAGAGACAAAAACAUGAAUCACAAGAGGAUAAGGUUAAACCUCCUGCAAGACCUCGACGUUUUCUGCUGGACAAGUUAAUCAGUUUUAUUACCACCUCAUCAGAUAAGUUAGAGAAGAAAAUACCAAGUGUGUUUCAAGUAUAUAGAACAUUUAAAACAGGUAUGUCACAAGCAGGUUUAGUCUGUAAACUCUUAGGACUAAUAUCUUACUUUAUAUCACAUUUAUUUUGGAGAACAAAUUAUAUGUUUUCUCAUGGAGUUUGAGGACAAAGUUAUGAAACUCAAUGAAUGUUAUUCGGACAGUGAUGAAGAAUUUCUAAAAUCUAAGCUCGUUAACUGUCUAUAUUACAUUACAAAACUACUAGCAAAUACAACUAUUUACAAAAAAACCCACAAAACAAUAACCUUUUUAAAGCUUUCAAAUUCUGUUUUUAAACAAAAUGAUUUGGGCCCUGCAUGACAUGUUUUUUCCUUUCUUUUUAUUUUCAAUGGUCCAUUUUUGUUGGCAUAAUGCAGCCUGCCAGUUUUUACCCUACACCUUUUGAAGGAAUAUAUCCAAAUGGUGAUUGGAUCUGAGUGAUGAUCCCACACCUGCUGCCUAUUCUCCAUUUAUAAAAAAAACAACUAAAAUGGAAUGAGUAAGAUUAGCUUUUUAAAAAUUAAAAUUCAAGAAGAUCUGGACUAAUUACCCUCUUAAUAUCUUCUUGACAGGAGUUUCUGGGUUUGUAUCAGACUCUAAAGACUUUUACAAGAUCUCAACAAGGUUAUGGUCAGGAGAAAGCCUGGAGCAUUUUACUAGAAGAGAACUGGAACUUUAUAGACAGGUUAGUAUCUAGUCAACAAUGAGAGCAAAAGAGUCUGAUAGGUUUGAUUUAUUUGUGGAAUGCUUAACAAUGAUGAAAAUUCUCAUGUAUUCAUUUGCGUCAGAGGGGCACAGAAGAUUCAUUAAUGAGAUUAUUCAUAAUUUACUAUGGAACAAAUAUAUAAUUUACAAUGGAACAAAUAUAUAUAUAUUACAAUGGAACAAAUAUAUAUAUAUAUAUAUAUAUAUUAUAUAUAUUACAAUGGAACAAAUAUAUACAUUACAAUGGAACAAAAAUAUACAUGUUACAAUGGAACAAAUAUAUAUAUUAAAAUGGAACAAAAAUAUAAAUUACAAUGGAACAAAUAUAUAUCUUUUCCUAUAGAAGGGAAAUAAAAAAGGUUUUGUGGCAGCGCUCAGUAAAAUAAGUUUUUAAAAGAUUUGCCUUUAUCACCAUUUUGCUGAGCUGACAAUGAUUCUUGAUCAGGUUGUACUCAUAAUGAACUUAAUGAAGAAAGAAACAACCAAGGAUGAGAUAUUUUAAAAUCAAAUAUCUAAAAACAUUGACACGUCACGAAGCUUUUGAGAUCUGUCAUAUAAAGUUUAAGUAAAUACCUGGAGAUUACUGUGUAGUAUGACUAAAGCAAAGGAAACUGGUAUUGAUUUAUUCAUUUUUUGGGUUUUCAUUAAAUUUCAUGUGAUUUUCAAAAAAAAAAUUUUCUGUUACCCUUAGUUUCAAAUUUUUUAAUUUUAAAGCAAUUCAGAAUGAUUCCAUUUUUAAUAUUCAUGCAACAAAUAAAAAUAUUUUAUUUCUGAAACAUGUAUUUACUGUUUUGUAAAAAGCUUGUAAAGACGCUGCAUUUACCACUUUUUCUAAAUGUUCAGUUUUCCAAAGAUCUUCCGGUCGUUGGUCUCAUAUUUGUGAUAGUCUUUGCGCCAGGGGGUGCAGCUGCAUUUCCAUUAGCGUAAGUUUAAUGAUUUUUAAAAAAAUUCACACAAAUGAUAUAGCCACACAACAUUUUUGUUGAAAAAUUUAUUCUUUUGAUGGGUAGACAAAUAAUCGGUAAUUAUUUUGUUUUAUAUCUAACCAUGUUUUAGUAUUCCUGUUGUAUCUUCAGACUAAUGUUUCCAUGUCUUAGUAUUCAUGUGUGCUUUAUCAGAUAUGUGGUUCCAUGUUUUAUUAUUGUUGUGUGUAUCUGAAAAAAUAUUUCCUAGGCAUGUUAAAUGUUAAUAUGGUUGUAUGUGUCUGGCUAUUUUAGCGUUGCUGUGUGUCUUGGAGAAAUUUUCCUAGGUAUGUUGUAAAUUGUUAUGAUUGUAUUAGUCUUCAUAUGUUAAUGUUGCUGUGUGUCUUCAUAUUUUAGUGUUGCUGUAUGUUUUUAUCUUUUUUGUUGCUGUGUGUCUUGCAGAUAUGUUUUUCCAAGGUUUCUCCUGUCACAUCACUUUUGGACAAGUCAGCAAAAAGAAGAGUUUAUGAAAAUUGCGAUCACCAAACAAGUGAAUCAUUAUGACAAUAUCCUGGAUUACAUGCAUCUGUUGAGCCAACACAUUGAAACAAAAGCAACCAGAGACAUUGUCGUAGGUCUUAUAAGUAAAGUAAGUGUUACAAGUAAUCCAGGGCUCUGAGUCACCAGGACAUCUGUACAUUUUUACCUGGCACUUUAAUAGUCAUGUUUUUCUUAAAAUAAAUAAGUGAAACAAAGGAUGGGGAAUCCUGAUAAAAAGGACGGUACAAAAGAAAGAAUGUGUUUUUACUGUUGUUUAAUUGUUUUGUUUGUUGAAGAAGGCAACUUGCAGACACUUUCAUUGUUUUGUUGUGUCCUUUUUUUUUCCAGGUUUUCCCAUUCUUUGUUUCGGUUAUUUCCUUCAAUGUAACCCGAUUGCAGUCUCUCCCCCUUGUUACUGUUAUUUUCUUAGCCCAUAUUUCAAUUAGCCAAAAACGUGGUUGCUCCAGAGAACAUGUGUAUGGCUUCUGAGUUUUUGCUAGUUUUGUCUAACCCCAUGGUUAUGGUAUAGUUUCUUUUUUCCAAUUAAAUUAAGUUUUUUUUAUUAUGAGGUUUAAUUGUUUUAAAUUUCUAUAAGUCAAAUGAUUCUUUUCACUCUAAGGAUUAAUUGGUUGAAGCAAUUCUACUUCUGUGUAAAUACAUUUUUUUCUUGUGUUAAGAAAUGCAGUUACUAACCUAAAGUAGUUAUACUGGUGUUUGUUUUGGGAAAUUUAAUCUUCCUCAUUUAUGAAAAUCUUACGCUAUCAUGGGUGCUUACCUUAUACCAUGGGAACUUAUGAAAUUUUGAGGUUUUUGAAAAGAAAUAUGAACUUAAAUUUUAGAAUAGUUUGAUGUGUCACAGAUUUUGUGUUAGAAUUGAGAAACCUUUCCAUGUUAUUUCUGUUUCUUUCAUUUCAAUUAGAUCACCUCAAAGAUUUAUGCUAUUUUUAUCUAUUAAAAUGUACAAAUAUAUAUGAAAUUAAUAUGUAUUCACUAUUUUAAAAAUGAUUUCUCAGCUAGACUCCAAUGUCCCCCUGAGAAAAGAUGAAAUCCUUGAGUUGUUGCCUUUGUUUGCCGGUAAACCAUUCAACACAGAUUGCCUUUCCAUACGACAUUCAGUAAGAAUUUUUUGCAAAGUGUCCACACAAAAAAACCCCAGGCUUCGCAAUCAGCAGUUUGUGUGUUCAAAUCCAGAUGAACAAACAACAUUAAAAAAUACAUUUACUUUAUUAACACUCAAUUUUAUUGGGUUUGGUGGUUAUUCUAAAAAAAUUUGUUUGUUUGUUACUCUUGAUAAUUUUUCCAGCAUCAAAUAUUAAUUUCAUUGAUUCAAUUUUGUCUCUGAUAGUUAAAUAUCUCCAAAGUAGCAUCUUAAAUUAUUUCUGCAUGAUAAUUUCUAUAAAACUUUAGAGCAUCAUGAGAAAUUACUUCCCUGUUCCUGAGAUGUUUUUAAAAAAAUCGUAUCACUUAUUGUAUUGUACAUUAUCAAAUUGUAGCGCCAUCUCAGUAAGUCACUCCGUCUGUCUCUGCGGCGUAAAAAACUUGUCAAGGACGCCUUAUUCCUCCAUUUUAUUGACAGUGCUAUGAGCAGAGAGGGAACACACAGCAUGACUGAUGAGGAAGUUGACAGGGUUAGAGCCAUUUGUCUAUAUUUAAAUUUUAACAGCCAGUAAAUCUGAUUAGAAUCAGUUGAAUAACUCUUGAUAAGGCCUGACUGAAAAAAAAAAGGCAUGUAGCAACUAAAACGACUAUAAAUUAUUAAUUUUUAAAACUAUAUCUUUUUUGUAUUUAUAUUCCACAUUAUACUUCACUGUUUAGUCAGCAUUUAUAUUUCAUUGAGAUAAUUUGAUUGAUACUUCCAUAGGCAUGUUGCUGGAGGGGUUUGAACCCACAUGGCAUGUGGAGGCAAGAAAAGGUCCAGUACUUGGAAAAUUGGACACAGAUUAGUCAAGUAAUUCAUGGUGAGAAAUUGUAUUUAAAGUAUGGGUGGACAUUUGUAGAAAUUCAUAAAGUUUUAGUGACAUGACUUGAUAUAAUUAUAAGGAACAACCUCCAAAAAACAACUAAAUAAAAGGAGAUGAAGUUUAAGUUGUGAAAUUAACUAAUCAUAAGCAUGUUGAACUGCGGUAAUACCUUUAACUAAAUCAUUAAGACACAUACAAUUUAAGUAUAUAAAAAAUGAUUAUAUUAAAUUAACAUAUUAAUUAAAAGACAAAAUACAAAUUAAGCAGUUGCUGCUAAUGUCUUUAUCAGUUCAACAAAACCGCAAUUUGCAUGAAUCUAUAUAAACUUCUUAUGAUUUAUAUAUCCUACAUAUUGAAAAAGUUAAUAUUAUAUAUAUAUCCAGGGCCGUCUUAAGAACAUAGGGGACCCUGGGCACAGCAAUGCACUGGGGCCCCCAGCAACACAACAGACCAUGGUCCUGAGAAGGGGGGGGGGUGGGGGGCACUCGCCCCAUGCUCAAAUUGAGGGGGAGGGGGGUGCAAACAGUUUUUACUCCAAACCCCAAUCACCAAGAGGAAUAAAAUUGUAAAUAAGAAUAAACAUUCAAUAAAGUUAAAAAUAGGUUAAUUCAACUUAUUUAUAUAAAAACAAAAUCAUUCCAAUUCAAUAAUGUUUUUAAAACAUCAGAAAUACAUUAUAAUUCAUUCCAGAUGAUGAUAAAUUAUCAAGUUGUCCAUUUUAUUCCUUAGUCUUUCUGCCUCACGCCUCGUUUUUCCUUUUCCUGAUCAGUGUCAACUGAUACAGAGUCCAGAGCAUCUUGUAUUUUUUUUCGAAAUGUUGAUGGCAUCAAAAUGUGCCGACCAUCUUGUGUCAGACAGAUAUUUAGGACAAACGAGAGAUUUUUCUAAAGAAGAUACCAGAACAUUCCAUCAAUGUGUAGAAGCUGAGAAAUGGGCAUAUAGGCGCUGAAGAAAGUCAAAGAAUUGUCCAGCUUGUAGAAACACUCUGCUGCUUUUAAGCUCACUAAGCAGAAGGGACAUACAUGACAAAUUCUUUCAAUUCAUGCAGCUGUGAUUGCAAUCCAGUGUAGCAUCCAUAAACAUAUAAAUUUAAAGCUUUGUCAUGCUAUUGACCACGGCAAAUUGAAGGCGGAAUUUUGUUCUCGCUCAGGAAAUCCAAAACAUUGUAUGCUAGAUCCUUUGAUACAAACAGUGUCUGUUAGAUCCUUUGCUCCAUGGGAAAAUAGGGAAAUUAACGUUCCAUAGACUUACAUCCUUGAAUGUACCGGACCGUACAUGUCAGUUGAUCAAUGUGUGAAAUGUCUGAAGUGGAAUCAUAACUUAUUGAAUAAUACUUUGACUUUGUGAUUUCUUCCAAAAUAGGACAAAGGACAUGUUGCCCCAUUAGAUCAAUAAAUUAUUUUCAAAUAUUUGGAGACAGAUAUGAUGUGUUAUCCUUUCUAGCAUUUACAUUAUAGUUUGAGAUGCUCCUCCAAAAAAAAAAGAUUACAUUCACUCAACAGCUCUAAAAUACCUAAACAGCUUCCAUUGCUGUCUGACCCCAUAGUUUGAUCCAAACCUGUGGAGUCAAGAAAGCGAACGACAUAAACCCACGAGUCAGAACUUUAUGUCAGUACUUCUGUUUUGACCUAAGUUCUUUGACUAAUACAGGACCUAAACACCUAGCUUCUUUCAGUCGAAGCAAAUAUGUGGUCAUACCCUUGCAUGGCACUACUCCAUUUUCAUGCUCUACAAUAAUAUUGUUAUGUUUCCAAUAAUUGAAUCCUGAUUCAGCAAAGGGAAAUACUUUUUUGUACAAUAGACGACAUGCAAAACAAUACAAACAACCUUGGUAUGGUGAAUAGAGAAGCCAUUCGAGUUUAACACACUCACCAUUCCGCAGUUCACGUUUGAACAUAUUUCUUGAUAAAUACCUUGUCUUAGUUCUUUCUUCUCCAGCUCUACCUGAGUUUGAAAGGUUGCAGUCAUGAUUCUGACAAAAUGAUGGCCCAGGGCGAAUCCAGUACAAGUGUUCUAAAAUGCCAUAGCCUGGGAUCUGUGUGGUGAAUCACACACUCUCGUUUUCUGACACAGUUUUGUGUGUUUCAGUUUUUACAAUUUCCCCAGCAGAGGAAAUAGGUAAUGGUGUUGUCUGGAACUAGAUGGCUGGAUCCAAUAGAGGAUGUAGAUGACACUACUUUAUUUUGAGUAGCAGUAUUAGUCACUGAUAUUUCGAUUGGAUUUAACCAAGCUGUUAAAUUUGCAAGUUUACUCGUAUUCCUUGUCUCCUCAGCUCUUUUUCUCUUCUGUGCUCCAAUUAUAAAACUAUUUUUUAUUCCCGCUUAAGGGAUUAAACACCUAGAAAUAUAUUCAUUGUUUACAAUUAUUUCUAUAGUAAUAGCAGCAAUCUGCUCAAAAUGGAUUUGUCUGUCCCUUCAGACUGACUUGUGCCCUGCAAAAAACGAACAUCGGGAAAUGUUCAAUAGCCAUGGUGCAAUUAAUAAAAUCGAUCUCUGUGUUUGAGCUACCCCGGUUUGUAAGAUGAAAAUGACUUUGAGCUUUGAACAGUGAACACAAUUAUGUCUAAAUGCCUAUAUAUUUCUGCCUACAGAUCAGACAUACGGUGACUGUUGGGUUCUAUUUAUCAUCUAAAUAUGUUUUUCAGACACAGAAUACAAAAUAUAUUUCUGUUUAAAAAAUAUAAAGUUAUUUGUUUUUGUUUUUUUUAAAUAAAUUUACUUUUAAAAAUAAUUAUUCAUUGGCGACCUACAAAUUCCUUUUAUAAUGCUAAUUAAAUUCAGUAGUACUUGAACUGAUGCUCAGAUAGAUUUUUAUCCACUAAUUCCACUACGGAGCAGUGGCAUAUCUAGGGUUAUUACCGCCCGGGGCCAACAUCUUUGUCUAACUUGAUUGUAAACAAAUGCCUAACUAUGUAAUUUUUCGAUUCAUAUCUGGGAGAAGUAAAACUUGUUGACGAGAGUAAUUCCCCUUUAAAAGUUUAAAAAGUAUCCAACUUGCAUUUAUAAUAUUAAUUUUGGAACGUGCCGAUAAAAUCGUGGGUUAAAAUUGGGAAACAUGCUGUCCACUGAUUUUUAAAUCAAAUUUAAUUGCCAAAACUUCUCAAUAUUCAUUAACCAUACCUUUAUAAGAGUGAGUCUCCUAGAAGCCAGGGGGGCCCCCCAGAAGUGCCAACUGUUGUGCCACAUAUUAAAUAAGCAUCUAUAUAUCCUACAAAUUAAAUAAGCAUAUAUAUCCUACAUAUUAAAGAAACAUGUAUAAACCAUACAUAUUAAAUAAGUAAAUAUAUAUCCAACAGUUUAAAAUAAGCAUAUGCAUAUCCUACAUAUUAAAUAAGUAUAUAAAUAUGUAUCCUAAAUAUUAAAUAAGCAUAUAUAUAUAUCAUAAAAAAUAUAAAAUAAUGAUCUAGGGUAUCCAUAUUACACUAAAAAACGAAUCAAUUUAAAUACAUUGAGAUGCUUAAUAACAAUGAUUGGGAUUUUCAAUUUUUUAAGGAAAUCGAAAAAUUUAAAUAUAAAAAUAAAAUUUAUCUGCUUAUAUUUAUUUAUAUAAGUAAUAUUGGUAUAAUAAAUUAGAAAUAAAAUAAAUAUAACAAUUAAAAAACUAUUUUCAGUAUUUUAACUGAAUGGGAAAAUUAAAUAUUUUUAAAUUAACAAUAAAUGUUCACAUAUGUAUUAUUGCUAUCAAUUCAUAUUCACAUUUAUUUGAAAAGCCCAAAAUGUCUGUUGUUUUUUUUAAAGCAUUAGUAAAAUUGAGAAAUUAAAUUUACAUCUAUGUUAUCUAAAUUAUGUCUUCAAACAGAAUCAAAUUAAAAUUUUUGAUCGAACUCAAAGAAACAAAAAUAAGACUAAACUUAUCAGAACUAUUUUUAAACUCGCAAAUAAAUAGCUUUAACUUUUGUUGAUAUAAUAACCGGGUGUGACAAAACUGAUGAUGGUUUUCACCUUUUUUAGAAAUAAAAUUACUAAAUGUAAUUGAUUGAUUUUUAAAUUGUUAACACAUCACACCAAAUUUUAACUUUGUAUUUUUAACAUUUAAUAAGUUUUAAGUAUUUUUCAUUCCAAAAAGGAACUGUUUUCAAAUUUAAAAAUAAUACAAAUUUAAUGUAUCACAAAAUGCCUACCAUUAUUAUCCUGGUAAAAUUGGGCCUUCUAUUAUGCAUUAAAUAAGCAUAUAUAUAUAUAUAUAUAUAUAUGCUACAUUUUAAAUAAGAAUAUAUUUAUAUUUUAUGUAUCCUACCUAUUAAAUAAGCAUAUAAAUAUCCUAAAUAUUAAAAAUAGCAUAUAUAUGCUAAAUUUUAAAUAAGCAUAAAUAUGUCCUACAUUUUAAAUAAGAAGCACCCAUAUAUAUAUAUAUAUAUAUAUAUAUAUAUAUAUAUAUAUAUAUAUAUAUAUAAUAUAUAUAAAAAAUAGCAUAUAUAUGCUAAAUUUUAAAUAAACAUAAAUAUGUCCUACAUUAUAAAUAAGAAGCACACAUAUAUAUAUAUAUAUAUAUAUAUAUAUAUAUAUAUAUAUAUAUAUACAUCAUAGAUAUUAAUUGAGUGAAAGAAGAUACAAUAAAAAAAGGGGGUGAGCACAAGCUGUGGGUGCAUAAUGACUGGUAUAGUUUUAUUUUGUUUUCAGAGCAAAGUAUAUCAUUGCUGCUCCAUCUGCCAGUUCUCUUGAGUUACUGUGAGCCAAGCAACAGAGAGUUGGUUGCCAAGCAUAGAAAUAUCAAGAGAGGAAGAAUAGAUUAGCUGUGCAGGAUAAAAGUGGAUUAUAUGGGUUGAAUGAGAAGCCAUUGUGCAGCCAAACUUUUUGAGAGAAAAAUAUGGAUACACAAUUAUGAGUGCCUCUGAGAUACAUAUAAUUUGUAAGAAAGCAAUAAGGUGCUGUGUUAAAAGAAGGUCAGACAGGAAGGGUUAACUGAGAAAAACUUUCCCCUACUUGUUCUUGAUAGUCCAACUUUCUUGUAGUUCCUGUACAAUAGAAUAAAGGUACUGAGAAGUUCUGUGGUUACUGCUGGGCUCUGCCUGCAGACUGUGAUCAUAAUUGGAAGUAUUACUCUUGAUCUUAAAGCUGUUAAUAGAUAAAUGUUGAGCCAUGCUUGACUGACCAUGGACACAUAAGCCAUGACAGUGAUAACCAUUUGAUGGCUCUAACAUUGCUGUGGAACAUUUUCCUAGUUCUUUUAAAAUGUGUCCACCAAUUGAUGAUUUCUGUACAGUUAUUGUAUACAAAGAAAUUGUGUGCAUAUAUUUAGUUUAGUUCAGAUCUGACACAAAGCAUUGAUUCAGGGUAAUAAAUAUAAAAUACUUUAGUUCCCAUUUGAGACUGAGCACCCAUGUAUGUCUGAGUGCACACAUAUGUCUGAGUACCCAUGUAUGUCUGAGUACCCAUGUGUGACUGGAGCUCUUAGGACUAAGACCCUCUCCACCUGUUGAAUUUGUGUUGGUUUAAGGAAUUAAUGAUUUUUAUAGCUGCUAUUGUGAAGCUUGUUAAGCCUGAAAGAUUAUUUUAUUUUCACUCACUUGCCGUUAGAAGGAUAGAUAAUUUUUUACCAGGGCCAGCAGUAUAUAAUCACGUGAUGAGGUCUACCAGUGAGUACCAGUCGGUUAUUGUUGGACACGUCUAUAAGUCCUUUGUCAUGUGACCAGGGUCAGCAGUCUAUUGUCAUGUGACGAGGUCUACCAGUCGGUUAUCGUGGGACAUUUCUGUAAGUCUCUUAAGUGUUAUAGUGUGGCAGGUCUAGCCAUCCUUAGUCAUGUGACCAGUCGUUUGUCAUGUGGCAUUGGGACAUUUAAUUGAAAAAUGUACUUUGGUGCUAUGUAUAAUUUUUUUCUUUUUAAUAAAUUGGUAACAUUAUCCGCUAUCAUUUUUUGCUAUCAUUUUUUGCUCUCAUUUUUAACCUAGCAUUG